AUGCAGAGCACACCUCUGGCCGCGCAGGUCGUCGCCGUCGUUCUGCCUCUAGUCCUUACCCUAGCCCUGUACCAUCUGACUCGUGCCUUGUUUCCUUCUCAACGUCGACCGAAGCAGAUCUCGUGGAUUGGCCGCGGACCCGGAGUGCUCAACUCGUUUAGGGCAUGCCUAAGUCAAUGGCGUUACAAGCCCGCCCUCCUUCAAGCCGGUUACGAGACCUUCAAUCAGGCUGGCCGAGCCUUCCUCAUGCCCCUAAUCAGCUUCGAACCUAUUGUGAUUCUUCCCCAAGAACAGAUUACAUGGAUCAUCGAGCAACCGCCGGCGGUGCUUUGCCCGCGCCGCGCCGCAUACACCAGAAUGGGAGUGCGCUACGUGGCGCCUGGCUUCACCCCAGCGACGAGUGAAGUCUUACACAGUGCGAUCAAGAUACACCUUAAUAAGAAAUUCGACCUCGUGGCGGUGGAGAUGUAUGAACAAAUGAGCUGGGCCAUUGACCGCAGCUUUGGCACCGCAACCUGUGCGCGUCAGGUUUCCCUCGGCCACGCCUUGCGGUACGCGGUUUACCAUACAUUGGUGCCUGUGUUGGCCGGUAGCGAAUUGGCUCAGAACGAGCGCUUUGUGGACGCAAUGAUCUCAAGCUCUCAGUGGUUUGGCGCGGCCUCCACCGUGGUUGGACAAUGCUUACCCCCGCCGGUGAGAGGCGUCAUUGGGUGGAUGCUGCAGAAGCCCAUCGGCUACUUUCAGCGGGGGUAUCUGGAGUACCUGAUGCCGGUGGUAAGAGACCGACUGCGAAGACUGCAGGAGGAGGAGGGGGAGAAAGAGGGGGAGAAAGCAAAGAUACCGCAGGACAUGGUUACUUGGUUGUGUCAAGUCAUUCUCAAGACAAAGGGCACCACCCGUGCUGAAGAGGUGUUUGCAGAUGGCUUUAAUCUGCUGCUUGGCGCCGCGUUCACGAGCACCGUGUUCACAGCUCACCAUACCCUGCUAGACAUCCUUGGCUCCAGCGCCAAAGACGAGAUUUUUCAGACCCUUCGACGUGAGGCGGAGUCGACGCUGGAUUGUGCGCUGAAAUGGUCCGAUCCAGUGGCGAUUCUCCAGUUGCAGUACAUUGACAGUACACUUCGAGAGAGUCUGCGGCUGGCACCACCGACCUCCAUGGCCCUGCUGCGGGAGGUCGUCCCCGAAGACGGAGUGAGACUGCCAAAUGGUCAGUUUUUGAACAAAGGCAGCUGGCUGGCCGUGCCUUCGAUCCCCAUUCACGGCGACCAGCGCUUCUACGAAAGCCCCCACGAGUUCAGACCAUUUCGUUUCGUGCAGGAGAGAAAGGUAGACUCCUGUGUCUCAACGAGCGACACCUUUCUAUCUUUCGGACACGGUCGUUCAGCCUGUGCUGGAAGACAGUUUGCCACUCGCAUCCUGAAGAUGAUGUUGGCGUACAUCGUAAUGCAUUACGACAUUGAAGCGAUUGAUGGUCGGCCGCUCAACUUCUUCAUGGGGGAACACCCUGUGCCUCCAGAUGUGGUAGUGAAUGUCAGAAGAAGAGUAUAG